GAUCUUGGUAUUACCGCUUGUGGCAUCUGCAGAACGAAAUCGUCCGAUCGUGCAUCCCUUAUGUAUUUUCACGUAUGCUUAUGAGCACUUGUUGCUUGCUCUCUUCGCUUCAGUCUGGUAAUGAAUGAGCCAUCACCGAGGAGUGUCGCGAAACUAUCUUCGAUUGACAAUGCCGAUAUUCUCAGCUUCGAGUUGUACUUUUUGAGACAGUUCUUGAAUCCAUUCCGGUUAUCAUGGACUCUUAUUCGAUUGGGCUACGAACCGCUGGCCCCCAUCCCAUGCACCUCCCCACUGGUUUUACUUGGUUGGGGCUCUACAUUUUACGUGUACCCAAACAUAUUCCGUUACGUUUAUCAUAGUAUUCAGACCUAUGGCCUAUGGAAAGUCAUCUCAACCGGCGUAUUUGCUAGCGCAUGUAUGGAUUUUACUUCCGAACUUUUCCAUCGUGCCUUUCGAAGGAGGUCGAUAAUAUGGCAAUCAGCGCACGACAAUUCAUUAGAUGCCGAUGACGCUGAUUUCCUCGACAGCUGGGGCGACAAUGCUGCUGAUUCUUUCAGAGUGGAUGCUCCAUUUCACGCUUUUCAAGUCGAAUCCCUGAUGGAGGAAGCUCGUCCUUUGACAUUUUUCCGCAUGCUGGUGGAGGCUAUAUCACUCAAAUCAUGGGAGAUGGUUCUCACGCAACCGUUUUUUGUUGUCAUGGUCAGACAAGUGGCCGCACUUGCCGGGGGAGAGACUCAGUACACCUGGUUUCCAAUUGCUGUUCGGUCCGUUUUCCGGGAGAGUGGUUUUAGUGGCUUCUUCUUAGGUCUAUUUCCCAGACUCCUUGGUGAGCUCAUUUCCACCGCAGCAUACUACUCUGCUUGCCGCCUCUUUCGCCACCUAGUGUUUGGUCUUCACAGAAAGCGGUCCAACUCACUCAACGUGCUAGAGCUGGCAACCUACUGCGGCAUACGCAACUGCAUUUAUCCCCUAGAGCUCACCGGUUGCAUAAUGACCGUUCGUCACGCCAAGCUCGCCCUGGCUUCGGAAGCGAAUUCGUUUUCUUCCUGGAGACAGCUGUGCAGUUAUCUCACCCGCUCUGGUCAGUCUAGCCGGGGUUGGUUCCCCUUCCUUCGCAGCCAUGUACAAGACAAACAUUUGCCUCUACGUUCCGCGCCCUGAGGAAUGCUCCCUCUCUCAUUGCAUUUAUUAUCACACUUUGUUUUGACUCACGUUUAGGCUUUUAGAUUUAGUGAAACUGUUUGAAAUCGCUUUCUACCUUAUCUUUUCAUGUUGCUAGAUAAGGCUGUUUUGACUUCGCUAUCGAUAGUGCUUUUUUUCCUUUUUCGUGCAAAAUAGUUCUGAUUUACAUAUGUCGUGUCUUUUUUCUUGAAUUUUUAACGCGUUUAUUUUCCUCUUACUAUGGCUUGUGCCACUCAGCGUUUUGGUUGUUUUCCUAAUCGUGUUUCCCUUGGCCAAUCUGCAAAGUCAUUCUCAUUGCAUAUGCAUAUCUGAGCCUUAUUUAUCUUUCCUACUGACUUUUACGGUGCCCUGUGGUAUCCUUUUCUCGAUCGGUUUGUAACUACACAUUCGGCUUCAAAUUCUUGAAAGAUACUUGGAACCGAUUGUUUCCAAACCUCUCUGAACACAUUCGGCUUGUUUUUCAAUGCCAAAGUUUUUGGCUGACGACAUUAACUGCCCUUCCUCCGGUGUCUCACCCUAUGCCUACGUGUCUCCCCAUGACAACACGCGUAUUACUGACAGCUGCUGAAGGAUCUCUUGUGGCUCUCGAAGAAAAGCUGGUUUGGGGACCAAAACUUAUCGAGGUCACCUCAGAUGAUGGAAUGUCGGGAUAUGAUGUAUGAAUAAAUGAGUGCCA